CGACAUCUACGGGCGUAAUUUAUAACCGAAAUGAUUCAAAAACUGAUCGUUCUAUUAGCGGCCGUCGCGAUGGCGAGCGCCGGCAUCAAUUUGGCCUCGAUCGGACUCAAUUCCGGCGCGCUCGGCGGCUACUUGGGCUCAACUGGAAGCGCCCUAACUCAGCACGCCUCGAUUGCCGUGCCUCUGACCUACGCGGUACCGGUCGCGACGAGUUCCCAGUCGCGCGUGGACGUCAUCAAUCCGCGCCCUCUGGUGUCUCAAGUGGUAACUUCGGUGCCGGUUAACGUGCCGGUUAACGUGCCGUUAAAUGUGGCGGUGCCCGGUUAUGCUUCGGUUGGAUACGUUUCGGGAAGACAGGGACACGGUUUGAGAGGAUAUUGAGAUUUGUAUAUUUU